ACACCAUGGACCUUACACCUGAGGUACUCACCACAAUGCACGAAAAGCUGUAUAAGAAAGGCACAGUCAGUAAGACGGAGGUGAGCAAGCUGUGGCAGUCGUUCGGAUUGGCUGACGACCUUCUCAGACACAUCAUGACAGUGGGCUGCUUCGGAGACGAACUCGACUGGAUCAAAUUCUUCGCCCUGGGCUGCAGCUACCUGGGAGGAACGAUCAAGAACGCCAUGACCCACGCACUGUAUAUCCUGAACUCAGACAGCUCGUGUAAGCCCCCAGACGCCUGUGUGACCUUCGAGACCUUCCGUUUCCUUUACUCCUACCUGGCUGCAGUGGACAGAGAGGUGUCCCAGGCCCAGAUAGACCGAACCAUCACCUACUUGGAGGCUCAGGCGAAGGCACGUGACGGGAUGGUGAAGGUGUCAGACUUCGUCAACAGUCGUAAAGUGCGUUUGGGAUAGACUCUGUCACCCACAACCUACCCCCACCCCCCCUUUAGAACUAUGUUCUAAUA